UAGAAACAUUCUUGCCAGUAGUGGCGGCAGCGGGACUCAAUUACCCCCUUUUCUCACUCUCUCCAGAAGCUCCAGAUGGCGUCUUCUGUGGGCAACGUGGCCGACAGCACAGAACCAACGAAACGUAUGCUUUCCUUCCAAGGGUUAGCUGAGUUGGCACAUCGAGAAUAUCAAUCAGGUGAUUUUGAGGCAGCUGAGAGACACUGCAUGCAGCUGUGGAGACAAGAGCCAGACAAUACUGGAGUACUUUUAUUACUUUCAUCUCUACACUUCCAGUGUCGAAGGCUGGACAGAUCUGCCCACUUUAGUACUCUGGCAAUUAAACAGAACCCUCUUCUGGCAGAAGCCUAUUCGAAUUUGGGGAAUGUGUACAAGGAAAGAGGGCAGUUGCAGGAAGCAAUUGAGCAUUACCGGCAUGCAUUGCAUCUCAAACCAGAUUUCAUCGAUGGUUAUAUUAACCUGGCAGCCGCUUUGGUAGCAGCAGGCGACAUGGAAGGGGCAGUACAAGCUUACGUCUCUGCUCUUCAGUGCAAUCCUGAUUUGUACUGUGUUCGCAGUGACCUGGGGAACCUGCUCAAAGCCCUGGGUCGCUUGGAAGGAGCCAAGGCAUGUUAUUUGAAAGCAAUGGAGACGCAACCGAACUUUGCAGUAGCUUGGAGUAAUCUUGGCUGUGUUUUCAAUGCACAAGGGGAGAUUUGGCUUGCAAUUCAUCACUUUGAAAAGGCUGUCACGCUUGACCCCAAUUUUCUGGAUGCUUAUAUCAAUUUAGGAAAUGUCUUGAAAGAGGCACGGAUUUUUGACAGAGCUGUGGCAGCUUACCUUUGUGCCCUAAGCUUGAGCCCAAAUCAUGCAGUGGUACAUGCCAACCUGGCUUGUGUAUACUAUGAGCAAGGCCUGAUAGAUCUGGCAAUAGACACCUACAGGCGAGCUAUUGAAUUGCAACCACAUUUCCCUGAUGCUUACUGCUACCUAGCCAAGGCUCUGGAAGAGAAGGGCAGUGUUGCCGAAGCAGAAGAGUGUUAUAAUACAGCUCUGCGGCUGUGUCCCACCCAUGCAGACUCUCUGAAUGACCUAGCCAAUAUCAAAGGAGACCAGGGAAACUUUGAAGAGGCAGUUCGCUUGUAUUGUAAAGCAUUAGAAGUCUUCCCAGAGUUUGCUGUUGCCCAUUCAAAUUUAGCAAGUGUAUUGCAGCAGCAGGGAAAACUGCAGGAAGCUCUGAUGCAUUAUAAGGAGGCUGUUCGAAUCAGUCCUACCUUUGCUGAUGCCUACUGUAACAUGGGAGACAUUCUAAAGGAGAUGCAGGAUGUUCAGGGAGCCUUGCAGUGUUAUACUCGUGCCAUUCAGAUUAACCCUGCACUUGCGGAUGCCCACAGCAAUCUGGCUUCCAUUCACAAGUAUUCAGGGAAUAUUCCAGAAGCAAUUGCUUCUUAUCGCACUGCUCUGAAGCUUGAACCUGAUUUUCCUGACGCUUAUUGUGAUUUGGCUCAUUGCCUGCAGAUUGUCUGUGAUUGGACAGACUAUGAUGAGCGAAUGAAGAAGUUGGUCAGCAUUGUGGCUGACCAGCUGGAGAGGAAUAGGUUGCCUUCUGUGCAGCCUCAUCAUAGUAUGCUCUAUCCUCUUUCUCAUGGCUUCAGGAAGGCUAUUGCUGAGAGCCAUGGGAACCUCUGCUUGGAUGAGAUCAGUGUCCUUCAUAAACCACCGUACGAACAUCCAAAAGACUUGAAGCUCAGUGAUGGUCGACUGCGUGUAGGAUACGUGAGUUCUGACUUUGGGAAUCAUCCUACUUCUCAUCUUAUGCAGUCUAUUCCAGGCAUGCACAAUCCUGAUAAAUUUGAGGUAUUCUGUUAUGCCCUGAGCCCAGAUGAUGGCACAAACUUCCGAGCGAAGGUGAUGGCAGAAGCCCAUCAUUUCAUUGAUCUUUCUCAGAUUCCAUGCAAUGGGAAAGCAGCUGAUCGCAUCCAUCAAGAUGGUAUACACAUCCUUGUAAAUAUGAAUGGUUAUACCAGGGGUGCUCGAAAUGAACUCUUUGCUCUCAGGCCAGCUCCUAUUCAGGCAAUGUGGCUGGGCUACCCUGGGACCAGUGGCGUGCUUUUCAUGGAUUAUAUCAUCACUGAUCAGGAAACUUCACCUGCUGAAGUUGCUGAGCAGUAUUCUGAGAAACUGGCUUAUAUGCCCCAUACUUUCUUUAUUGGCGAUCAUGCUAAUAUGUUCCCUCACCUGAAGAAGAAGGCAGUCAUCGAUUUUCAGUCCAAAGGGCACAUUUAUGACAAUCGGAUUGUGCUGAAUGGCAUCGACCUCAAAGCAUUUCUUGAUAGUCUCCCAGAUGUGCAGAUUGUCAAGAUGAAAUGUCCUGAUGGAGGAGACAACGCAGACAGCAGUAAUACGGCUCUUAAUAUGCCUGUCAUUCCUAUGAAUACUAUUGCAGAGGCAGUUAUUGAAAUGAUUAACAGAGGACAAAUUCAGAUAACAAUUAAUGGAUUCAGUCUUAGCAAUGGACUGGCAACUACCCAGAUCAACAUUAAGGCUGCCACUGGAGAGGAGGUUCCCCGUACCAUUAUUGUAACCACACGUUCUCAGUACGGGUUACCGGAAGAUGCCAUUGUGUACUGUAACUUUAAUCAGUUAUAUAAAAUUGACCCAUCUACUUUGCAGAUAUGGGCAAAUAUUCUGAAGCGUGUUCCCAAUAGUGUACUGUGGCUGUUGCGUUUUCCAGCAGUAGGAGAACCUAAUAUUCAACAGUAUGCACAAAAUAUGGGCCUUCCCCAGAACCGUAUCAUUUUUUCACCUGUUGCUCCUAAAGAGGAACAUGUUCGGAGAGGCCAGCUGGCUGAUGUCUGCUUGGACACUCCACUCUGUAAUGGACACACCACAGGGAUGGAUAUCCUUUGGUCAGGGACACCCGUGGUGACUAUGCCAGGAGAGACUCUUGCUUCCCGAGUUGCAGCUUCCCAGCUCACUUGUUUAGGCUGUCUUGAGCUUAUUGCUCAAAAUAGACAAGAAUAUGAAGACAUAGCUGUGAAAGUGGGAACUGAUCUAGAAUACCUGAAGAAAAUUCGUGGCAAAGUCUGGAAGCAGAGAACAUCUAGCCCUCUGUUCAACACCAAACAAUACACGAUGGACCUAGAGAGGCUCUAUCUACAGAUGUGGGUGCAUUACGCAGCUGGCAACAAACCUGAUCACAUGAUUAAGCCUGUUGAAGUCACUGAGUCGGCCUAAAUAAUGACUGUGUGCACAGGAGAAUUACCCUGUACCUGAGCCUCAACCUUCUGGGGGAAAGGGAACUACUUUUUCCUUAUCUGUACAAUACCAUGCUGCAGAUGGGUGACAGACAAUGAUAAGAAAUAGCACUGCCAGACUUGCUUCCUACAUGAUCAUGAUCAUGAUAGGGAGAGACACAAGAGAUGGGAAACUGCUGUUCCACAAGGAGUCUCCAUAGAAUUUUGCAGCAGCCAGGUGUCUGGAAGGUCUGGAAGUUGUCUUGGUCCUUCUGACCCCACCCGUCGGUGCUACUUCAGUUCCUUACCCCUUCCCUUCUGACCCUGGGCGGUGAGAUCCUCUUUCUCCGGCUGGUCCGCGGCAAGUGGCACUCGAACAGGGACCUGAAGCGUGAAGGCAAUUAAAAGAAAAAGAAAGUGCAGGAUUUUCAGGUACCUUGGAACGCCAUUACCCUGCUGAUAAAUUGAUCCAAUUCAGCAAACUUAACUCAUAUCUUUCCUUCUAUAAUUAGGCAACAGCCUGUUCCUCAUGUACCUUUGGUUUUUACGGACGGUUCUUCUUCAGGAGUGGCUACUGUAAUCAUUGACCACAGAACAGACCUCGUUAAAGAAACUUCCUUGACUUCAGCUCAACGUGUUGAACUGUAUGCUGUCAUUAUGUCUUUUAAACAUUUGCCUUCUAUAUCUUUUAAUUUGUUUUCUGAUAGUAAAUAUCUUAUUAGCUUGUGAUUUCUUCUGGAGACUGCGAGCAUAGGACAUACUAAUGACCCUGAAUUAUCAUCCUCUUUUUGUUUGCUUCAACAGCUUAUUCGUUCCCAUGAUGGUCCUGUUGCAGGUCUGUAUAUCCGUGCUCAUUCUAACUUGCCUGGUCCAUUGACUAAACUUAAUGCGACUGCAGAUGUUUUAACUCGAUCUAAACGUGAUCUUUAUCCUGUACAUUUUCCUCCCAAGAAUAGAGUUGAAGUUACUCCUCCUCCUCAAUCUCUUUUCCCUAAAGCAGGACAGGUCCCAAUUUACCGUACUCCUCCUUUCCGUUCGUCAUGCUGUCAAGAAUGGCUAAUGUACUGCAUUCAUUAUCUUCAUACUCUUGAUACUCAUGGUCCAUGUCCUGGACACCCUCAUAUUAUGGGGGAAGGUUGGUGGCUGAGCCAAGAUUGGCCUCUCAAUCUCCGGAGGUCCUCUGGAAAGAUCCGUUAACCAGCACUUGGCGUGGUCCUGAUCCUGUGUUGAUUUGGGGACGUGGUCACGUGUGUAUCUUUCCCAGAUCAGUGCCUGGACCUUGCUGGCUUCCUGAGCGCUUAGUCAAGCAAAUAGAUGGCUCGCCACAGCUCACCUAGUUCAGAAGAUGAAGAAGCUCUGCACCUCUCCGGAAAAUUUGACAGUGUUGAUUCAGAAAAAGAAGAAGAAGAGGAGAGCACUUGCCAGGACGACUCAAAGGAGUGAUGUUCCAACUUGGGGACAAAUUAAACAACUGGUUUCAUGAGCUCAAGAGUCAGUGAAACAACAGAAUAAUCCUGUUACACCUGUAACUUUAUUUUUGGUUAUGUUGGCAACCAUUUCAUGUGUUCCCUCUGUUAAUGCAGCAACUGACUGGGCCUAUCUAUGUACCUUAUCCUCCACUAUUACAACCCAUAUCUUGGUCUGAAGCAGAGUUUCCUGUAUUUUACAAUGAUAAGUGUUUAUGGGCCUCUUAUUGGGAAUAUAAAACAAACCAAUAUGUCUGUAAAUUAUACUAACUGGUUUAGUACCCAUCCUGUCUGUCUUAGCCCAUUGACUCUGGAAACUGGAUGUGUAAAGGCUAUUAGUUAUGAGCAUACAGAUGUUUAUGAGGGAACGGAUCAAUCAAUUAGUUUGUCAGGCUCUCCAGGCAUCCUUCGUUUUACAGGAACCAACAUUACUCUUACAUGCCCGGCUACCAGCCGACGAGAGGAUCUUAAGGAUACCAUCAUUUGGUAUAAAAUGGGCAAGCUAUUAAUAUUAGAGGUCAAAUCUCAUACGCCUCACCACUUAGGGAUUCCGCUAUUACUAUAGCCAAGGUUACAGGUGAAGAUUCAGGAAAUUAUUUCUGUAUGAAGCGUUUACUUGGAGGACAAGGGAUACUUAUAGCUGGACGUAAGGUUACUAUGCUUAACAGAAAAUCAAAAAAUCAAAUGCCUCCCCUUACGACCGUUAACUUUCCUGGAUCCAAUUUUGAACAUUGCAAUGCAUCUUGGAAUAAUAACCAAAUAUGGUGUACUAUAGAUUAUACCAAGGUGUCAAUUCUUAUCUCUUCUUU